AUGAGCCACGAUCAUCACCACAAUCAUACGAUGAUGGCCGAUGCUAGUCCGAUGAUGGCCCCAUCUCAAAUGGAUCAUACGGGUGCCGGAGCCAUGCACGGUUCAGGCCAUGCAAUGGCAUUCCACUUCGGAUCUAUGGAGACUAUCCUUUUCCAAUUCUGGAAACCUGUGGAUGCUGCUGGUGAGCACCUGAGUAAACAACUACCCGUUACAAGCUUCAAUUUCAGGUUGGAACCGACAAUUUCACCGUCCAUAUUGGUUGAUGCUCUGCUAAAUCUCGUCCAAAUCACAUUAUCCUAUUCGCUGAUGUUGAUUUUCAUGACAUUCAACGUCUGGUUGUGCCUUAGUGUAGUCAUAGGUGAAGUACUCUCACACCUUAUAUAUUCCAUCCUAUUCCCGUACUUUGAAAUGGGAACGGCUGGGUCUUGCUGA